AUGAAGCUCUUCAACCUUCUUGUCUCUUUUCUCUGCAUGGUCACUUCCGCUUCUUGCGGCGCCGCAGACACAGACAAAUUUGAGAGAUAUCGUUCACUCUCUCGCUCCGCCCCAAUCGAACUGACCGACUCGUCGUACGAAGACAUAACAUCUAAGCCUCGCGACUAUCAUGUUGCAGUGCUUUUGACAGCCGCAGAUGCUCGCUAUGGGUGUAUCCUUUGUCGCGAGUUUCAACCUGAAUGGGAGCUCAUAGCACGAAGCUGGAACAAAGGUUCCAAGCCCGAUGGACUUCAAAUGCUCUUUGGGACCCUUGACUUUUCCGAUGGAAAAGGCACCUUUCAGAAGUUGAUGCUCCAAACUGCGCCUGUCCUCCUGGUCUUUCCUCCUACCGUUGGCCCCUUCGCCAAGAUUGAUGACGCACCCCUGCGAUUCGACUUCAGCGGCCCGAUUUCUGCUGAACAGCUAUAUACAUGGAUGAACCGUCAGCUUCCAGAGGGCCCGAAGCCGCCACUUGUUCGUCCGAUCAACUACAUGCGACUUGUCUCCGGCAUAACCAUUUUGAUGGGUGCUGUGACGCUUUUCACGGUUUUGUCACCCUAUGUUCUUCCCAUUGUUCGCAACCGGAACUUGUGGGCUGCUUUCAGCCUGAUUGCCAUCCUCCUAUUCACAAGUGGCCACAUGUUCAAUCAUAUUCGCAAAGUGCCAUAUGUUGCCGGAGACGGUAGAGGGGGUAUUAGUUACUUCGCUGGUGGAUUUUCAAACCAGUUCGGCAUGGAGACGCAGAUCGUUGCUGCCAUUUAUGCCGUCCUGUCUUUUGCAACAAUUGCCCUGGCAAUGAAGGUGCCCCGUAUCGCAGACAACAAGGCACAGCAGGUAGCUGUGAUCAUCUGGGGUUCCGUACUUCUUGGUAUGUACAGCUUCCUUCUGAGUGUGUUCAAGACGAAGAAUGGAGGAUACCCGUUUUUCCUUCCGCCAUUCUAA